AUGGUUCCUCUUUCCCACAGGUUUCUGCUAAAAACUGAGAAUCUGUCUCUUCCACUCUGCUUUGAUGUCACUGGAGAUGUUCGGCUUAAACUACUUCACCAUCCCAACUGGGAGCUGUCUGUGAAUGGUGAGCUUGAUACAGUAACGAAUGGAGGCUUCAGAAGGAUUGUCAUCCACUUCAAGACUGACCUUUAUGUUGAGGUUGACAAUGACAAUGUCAUCACUGUACGAGAGGGACAGACACUGACACGCCACACUGGACAGGCUCUCAUCACAGCUGGAAGUUUGACAGUGAUUAGGCGGAACAAGGAAAUAGAUGUUGCAGCUGGAGACACACGCAUGGUCAUCUAUAUUCAUGAGAAGGAUGGCAUGGAAUUCCUCUGGCCAGUUUUGAGACAGAAGCCAGUGGACAACAACGUUACAGGAAUUAUAACUCUAAAGCCAGCAGUUUAUGAGGAGGUGCAACAAACUCCUUCAACAAAACUUAAGAUCAAAGACCAGGAGAUUGACGUUACCAGGGUCAAUGCUGUUGACUACAGUAUAGUCUCUCCACCAACACUGGACUGCUGGCUCACGUCUGCGGAGUCUGUCCUGCAGAGACGCCUGGAUGAUUUCAUCGUUACUCAACUUUAACUGGGAAUUAUGUUGAAUCACUUGCAAAGAUUUAA